UUUAGACGAUAGGUCCUCGGGAGCGUCAGUCACUGUCAUCAUGGAGUAAAAGCAGGCGACUGUAGCCCAGUGAAGAGGACUGACCGCUGCCCCCCCACCCCCGCCGCAUCCCAUCGUUUGUUUCAGGCCAUAAUUAUUUGAAAUCGGUGAGGGACUAAUUGACAGUAUUUCCUUUUUCGCAUAUUGUUUGUGCAGAAGACGUUCUAGGAAUUAUUGCUACGGGUUUUGCAUAGUGUUUAAGAUCCGAUUUGCUUCUCAGACUGGAGCUGAUCGAGCCGUAAUCGCCUAAGGGUUCAUAAAUAGGCUAUCGAGUGUUAUUUCUGUUUCUUUGGACCGGGUGAACCUAAUAGAAACGCUGCCUAUACGUUAUGACCUAAUGUGCAACCGAAAGCCGCAGAUUACUCGCGCGUUAAGUGUUCAGCACCGCGGACAGCUCCGGUGUCGGCCUCAUCCACAACCUCACCAUAAAGACGCUGUCGCUUCCUCUGUUUCCAGGUGAUCACUCAACAGAAACACACCGAAGACAGCUGACGGCUGACAGCGGCCAAGAUGAAGCAUUUUCUGAGAGUGGUGACCCAGUUCUUCGUGUUUCUCUACUGUAAAUUACUGUGGCGGGGCCUGAAAUUAGUUGUCAGGAAGUUUACAGGACGCUGCGAGCUGCAGAGAAUCUGCUACAACAAUAAGCACGGAGCCCGCAGGACCCUCAAAAUAGAGUCAUCUCUGAGGUACUCCAAGAAUGAGCUGUUGCAGUCUGCCCUCAGUGUUCAUCCUGACAAAGUGGAGAAAACCAUUGAUGACAUCGUGGCCUUGAAGAAGAUUAACCCUGACACCAACCCACAGCUGGGCAUCUCUCUGCAGGCCAGCCUGCUGCAGAUCGUUGGCUACAGGAGCUUGGUGGCUGAGGUAGAGAAGCUACGAAGAGAGCCAUACGACAGUGAAAACCCUGAGCAUGAAGACAUGUUGAUGAAGUUAUGGAAGGAGCUACGUCCUGACACACCUCUCACAUCUCGCAUCUCUAAACAGUGGUGUGAGAUUGGUUUUCAAGGCAGUGAUCCCAAGACUGAUUUCAGAGGCAUGGGCUUACUGGGCCUGCACAACCUGCUGUAUUUUGCCGAACAUGACAAGGCUACUGCUCUGCAGAUGCUCCAUGACUCCCUGCAGCCAAAGCACAAUGAGAUAAACAAUCCUGAGUGGGAGCAGAAGAACCUUGACAAAGCUAUCGGGUAUUCCUUUGCUAUCGUGGGCAUCAACAUCACAGACCUGGCCUACUCUCUGCUGGUAAGUGGAGCUCUGAAGACCCACCUGUACAACGUGGCCCCAGAGAUGCCCAACCUACUGCACUUCCAACAGACAUUCUGUUACCUGAUGCAAGAAUUUCAUCGUUUCUGGAUCGAGGAGGAUCCAAGCGACAUCAUGGAGUUUAACCGAGUCCGCUCCAAGUUCCACCGGCAGAUUCUGCGACAUCUGAAGAACCCAGACAUGGCUCUGUGCCCCCACUUCUCUGCCUCCAACCUCCACCUGGUCAAUCUCUAAACACACCCUGCUGGCCUGUGAGCCUUCACUACCACCAACCUCACUGAGCCCUUCAUAUCCUCACAGAGGUCUCCAGUGGAUGUCUGGUAACUAAAAUUUCGAAAUCAGAAAACCCUUUACACUCACUCAAACUGCUGGACACAUAUGGAGAGCCGCUCUUCUUUUUCUGCUCACCCC